AUAACCUUAAAAAAUGUUGAUAUGUUUUUAUACUGUUUAAAUUUUCAUUAAGAGAUGAGAUACUAAUUUAAUAGAUAAGUUUAAAAUUAGUGACAGAUAAUAUUAUAAUCACUUUACCUGUGUUUUGGUGAUUCAUAUGGUAUAAUGGAUGUCGUCGAAUUACUCUCGUUUAAGCCUACACCUACCCCUAAGCGACCCAAUGAAGAUGAUCUGGAAGAUUCAGAUGACGAAAGUAUUAAGUCAAGUAAAAUUCGUCGCACUAUAAAGACUGAUAAAUCUAAAACAAAUCAAAAUAAGACAUUUCCAAAAGAACCGGCUCUAUCUGACAAGGAAAAAGAGGAUAUCUUGAAAUUUGUUGAAAACGAAAUAACAGAGGGUGAAGUACUAGAUGAUACUGCAGUUAAAAAGUUGGUUCUCAAUUUUGAAAAAAAAGUUUUGAAGAAUAGAGAAAUGAGAAUAAAAUUUCCAGAUCAGCCUGAAAAGUUUUUGGAUAGUGAAGUUGAUCUUUAUGAGGCUCUGCAGGACUUGAGUGCAGUUGCAACAGUACCAGAUCAGUACCCCAUAUUAGUGGAGCUUAAAUGCAUCAGUUCUGUACUGGAGUUGCUGUCCCAUGACAACACAGAUAUAUCUACAAAAGUUGUACAUUUGUUGCAAGAGUUAACAGAUGUUGAUAUUCUUCAUGAAAGUGAGGAGGGCGCUGAAGAGUUGAUCAGCGCACUGGCCGAAGCGGAGUGUGCAGCCCUCUUGUUGCACAACCUAGCCCGUCUGGAUGAACAAGUACCUGAUGAGAGAGAUGCUGUUCACAAUACAUUAGGUAUCAUAGAAAAUAUAACAGAGUUUAAACCAGAAUUGUGUGUGGAUGUUGCAAAACAAGGUUUCCUUCAAUGGAUAUUAAAACGUUUGAAGAUGAAAUUGCCGUUUGAUGCUAAUAAAUUGUAUGCAACAGAAAUAUUAUCAAUACUUCUGCAAAAUAAUCCUGAAAAUAGAAAGCUACUUGGAGAAAUUGAUGGAAUAGAUGUAUUGUUGCAACAAUUGGCGUUCUACAAACGUCACGAUCCCAGUGGACCGGAGGAGCAAGAGGCAAUGGAAAAUAUGUUUGAUUCUCUUUGUUGUGCUCUGAUGGAAGCCGCUAACAGAGACCGAUUCUUGAGAGGCGAAGGGCUCCAGCUCAUGAAUCUUAUGUUGAGAGAAAAGAAAAUGUCCAGAAAUGGCUCCUUGAAAGUCUUAGACCAUGCAUUAGCCGGAGUGGAUGGAAAAGAUAAUUGCAACAAGUUCGUUGAUAUAUUGGGACUUCGCACCGUGUUUCCAUUAUUUAUGAAAACGCCGAAACGGAAACGACUGUUGACAGUGGAUCAACAUGAAGAGCACGUCGUUUCGAUCAUAUCGUCCAUGCUACGGAACUGCCAGGGGAGCCAGCGGCAGCGGCUGCUGGCAAAGUUCACAGAGAACGAUCUGGAGAAGGUGGACCGACUGUUGGAGUUGCACUUCAAGUAUAUGGAUAAAGUGGACCGCACUGAAAAGGAAAUGGAGCAAGAAGCAGAACAACUUGAUGACGACGAGCAGUAUCUGAGGCGUUUAUCCGGCGGUCUAUUCACGCUACAACUCAUUGAUAGAAUUAUAUUAGAGGUGUGCACGGCGGGCGCUGCGUCUAUCAAACAGAGAGUGCAGCGAGUUCUGUCGCUGAGGGGUGGCUCCUUGAAAAUUAUACGUCACGUUAUGAGAGAGUACGCGGGCAACCUGGGAGACGCGGGCAGCGAGGAGUGGAGACAACAGGAGCAGCAGCACAUCCUGCAGCUCGUUGACAAGUUCUGAACUCCGUAAUAAAUACUACAAGAGUC